AUGCGUGGAUUCUCCCAGAUUGUUGCUGCUGCCACGCUCGCUGCUGUCAGCGUAUAUGCUUCGGAAGAGAAGUCGGAUGUCGUCUCUCUGACGACCUCGGCCUUUGACAAGUGGGUCGCGAACGAGCCCCUGGCCCUGGUCGAGUUCUUCGCCCCAUGGUGUGGCCACUGCCAGGCGCUUGCGCCGCACUACGAGUCGGCUGCCACGGAGCUUCUGCCCCAGAACGUGAAGCUCGCCAAGGUCGACUGCACGCAGGAGGAGGCGCUCUGCACCGACCAGGGCGUCAGCGGCUUCCCCACCCUCAAGGUGUUCCGCAACGGUACCCCUUCGCCCUACGCCGGUACCCGCAAGAAGGAGGGCAUUGUAAGCUACAUGCUCAAGCAGCAGCUCCCUGCUGUUUCUGCCGUUACCCCCGAGAACCUCGAGGACCUGAAGAAGAAGGACCGCUUUGUGGUGGUUGCCUACGUGGACGAGAACGACAAGGCCUCGAACAAUGCCGUGAACAAGUUUGGUGAGGAGAACCGUGACUCGUUCGUCACUGGUAUCUCGAGCAGCAAGGAGCUUGCUGCGAGCGCCGGUGCCAAGUUCCCGUCACUCGUAGUGUACCGCACCUUUGACGAGCCGCAAGUUGUGCACCAAGCCAAGGGCAAGGCGCUCACCGCCGAGGAGAUUGAGGAGUUUGUCACGACCGAGUCGCUCCCGCUCAUCGACGAGGUGUCUGCCGAGAACUUUGGCCAUUACGCCCAGUCGGGCCUCCCUCUUGCCUACUACUUUGUCGAGCCCGAGUCGAGCACGCGCGAGGAGGAGGUCAAGAAGCUCGCGCAGGUUGCCAAGGACGUCCGCGGCAAGCUCAACAUGGUCUGGAUCGACGCCGUGAAGUUUGGCAGUCACGCCAAGGCGCUCAACCUCAAGGGUGAGAGCUGGCCCGCGUUUGUCAUUCAGGACAUGGAGAACGGUGCCAAGUACCCCCUGAACGAGAUGGGCAAGGACGUUGUGUCGAAUGUCAAGUCGUUCGUGACGCAAUUUGCCAACGGCAAGCUCAAGCCGAGCGUGAAGAGCGCGCCGAUCCCCGAUACGCAGGGCGCCGUGAUCGAGGUCGUGGCUGAUGAGUUUGACAAGUACGUGUUCGCCGACGACAAGGACGUGCUCCUGGAGCUGUACGCGCCGUGGUGCGGCCACUGCAAGAACCUCGCGCCGACCUACGAGAAGCUCGCGGAGAGCUACGCGGCCAACCCCGAGACGGCCAAGCAGGUGUCCGUCGUCAAGAUGGACGGCACUGCGAACGACGUGCCGCCGCACGCCGAGAUCACGCUCCAGGGCUUCCCGACCCUGCUCCUGAAGCCCGCGGGCAAGGGCGAGCGCAAGCUCAUCCAGUACGAGGGCGACCGCACCCUCGAGUCGCUGGUCGAGUUCAUCGCCUCCAAGGGCACGCACAAGGCCUCGCCGGUGCCGACUGGCAGCACCAGCGCCAGCGCCGCGACCGAGUCGACGGCCGCCCACGACGAGCUCUAA